GCAUUCAUCCUUAUUUCUAUAUUUGUUGUUCAGAUAUGAUUAAAAUCAUUAUUGUCUUAACUGCGACAGUGAUUUGUCUUUGUAAUACCUACGAGGAAAUUAUUUAAUUGUUGCUUUCAGCCAUUAAUAUAUAAAAAUGACUCACAAAUAAAAACUGCCAGGAAUUUGUCAACUGAGGAAUCCAGUUAUAACGGGGCUGCAAUAGGGCCUCAUUUAUCAUCGUCAUUUAUCACCACAAUUGAAGUGUCUCCGAUUUGUAAAAUUAUCGCACACACCCUCACACACUCCCAGAUCACAGACAGACUUUCAACAUGGUGCGAACAUUGGAAAACCCGGAAGUACCUUUCGUGUCCUUUAUGGACACAGAAUGGAUCCAAAAGAUCACCAUCAAGGGGAGAGCACCAGAGGGCGCUUCACGAUUUACUUUAUUCUUGCAAAGAGGUCCUGAAUCAGAACCGGAUGAGGUUGCGUUUGUAUUUGAUGCCCGAUUUAACUACGGAGAGUGUAAUAACAAAAUCGUGACAAACUGCAAGAUCGAGGGCGAAUGGCAGACAGAGGAAGACGGCAACUGUCCCUUCCCUUUCAACUAUGAGGAAAAUUUUAAAAUCAAAAUCAUUGUGGAGGAUGACUCCUUCAAGGUGAAGGUAAAUAACGAGGAUUUUCUGGAAUAUGAACAAAAACUCAGCAUGAAGACAAUCAACUGUCUCAGAAUAGAAAAUGACGUUAUUCUUGACAAAGUAAAGUUACAAUAAUUUGCAAUCCGUACACAGCAAAUAUCACUCUCAACAAUUCUUACACGUCAAAUAUCACAGAGAACAACAGUGUUUGAAUUUUGUUGAAGACAAUAGCUGAUUAUAUUAAAACUGUGAUAUAUAAUAUUUUUAAUUUUCUGUCACUGUUUUUUUUUAUGAAGGCAGCUUCUCGUCUAUGUAAAAUCCCUUUUUAACAAAAAAAGAUCUGGACAAAAAACUGACAGUGUUAUGACAUAGAAAUUAAAAUUAAAUAACAAGUCAGAUAUUUUUGGUAAAGUCCAGGGCAUUAAGAGGUGUUAGCUAUACAAAAUGUAGAUCUGUGUUUGUGUUUUAUUCUGUUCACUAGAUAUAACUGCGGUCCAGUAACAAAAAUAAAAAUAUUUAAACAGAA